AUGGCGAUAUCUCAAGCGGAUGCCAUGGCAACGCUAUUGGCCAUGACGAACAGUGCUGCUGGGAUGCCUGGCAUGGCCAUGGCCCCCGCCUUUCCCAUGUCCCCCAUGGCGCACGCGCAGGUGGCGGGUGUGGCUUCCUCUAUGCCGUCCGCACCGGCCGCAGCUCCAAGACCUGUGCAGCGAUCGGCGCGGGUCACAGCUGGGCCCGUGCCCGGCGUCAUCGCCAAGCCGGCUGUGCGUGCAGCGGUCCCAGCAGACCCUCGAAGCCCCACAGAGAUCAGAGAGGAGCUGUUCCGGCAAGGGAUCGACGUGAAGGGCUUAACAUCUACGCGAGAGAUGCAGAACAAGCUACAUGAGACGGAGGCGAAUGUCAAGCGAGCAGAGGCUACUAAGCGGCUCGAUCGGCACCCUGACCAGAAGCUCCUAUCUUGCUUUACCGAAGGCCUGGCACCGGGGCAGGAUGCGAUGCUGAAGAUGCUUGAAAGCGGCUCAGAUCCCAACACGAUGUCAGAAGGAAGUGGGAGUGGCUUCGCAGUCGGGAUGACUCCUUUGCUUGCAGCUGCCAGUUGGGGAAAGGUGGACGAGGUGCGGUUGCUCAUCGCCGCAGGAGCGGACCUCAGGGUCCGGACGCCCAACAUGAGCCAGACGGCGAUGCACCUCGUGGCUGGCGGCAACAUCGAGUCCUGGGGUGUCGAGAAGACCAUGGGUCUGCUUCGCCUUCUGGUCCACAAGGCUCCUGAACUACUUGCGGAGAAGAACGCCUUGGGCAAGACUCCGCUGGAUUGUGCAAAAUACGAGAAGAAGCGCCAGCAAGCUGCCUACCUGGCGAGCCUUCCGCGUUGA